CCAUGAGGGGCUGUUUACGGCCGCCCACGCAGGUUGCGGAAGCUUCGUCCCUUCCGCUAGCUGGUUGUCCUGGUUGCGCGAGCCGAGGAGCGCGGGGGCUGCCGACAGCCCGGCGCCGGCUGCCGCUGGGCGGACGAUGGGGCUGAGCGAGCGGGAGCGGGCCGGGUGCCGGGCGCUGCUGGAGCUUCUGGAGACGGAGGAGCUGACGUCGCUGACGGACACGAUCACCAACCGCCUGGUGCUGCCGCAGAGCCGACAAGAAGCCAUUCAUGCAAUUUUAGUUUACAGUCAAAGUGUAGAAGAACUCUUGAAACGAAGAAAAGUCUAUCGAGAAAUAAUUUUUAAAUACCUGGCAAAAGAAGGAGUUGUGGUGCCACCUUGUUCUGAAAAACACCAGCUCAUUCAUCAUGCAAAGCAGUACUGGAGUGGGCAGCUGACAGAUCGUGUUGCAGAGACAGAGGAUAUUAAUCCGAAUAAACAGAGCUAUGAACAGAGACAAAAACAACAGGAAGAGAAUGAUUGGCACAGACUAGGAAGAGAAUUCUGUCAGUGGUUCUUUGAACUUCUCAACUCUCAGCAUCCUUUGGGGAGACAAUCCAAAGAACAGUGGGGACCACAGCAUUUCUGGGAGGAUGUCAAACUGAAAUUUUGUUACAACACGUUAGAAAAAAACAUGGAAGAAUACGUUGGUGCAGAAUUGGUGAGCCUCCGUUUACUCUCACUGGUGAAAGAAGAGUAUCUCUUACUGAACCCCAACUUGGGUGCUGGUGGACUGAAGUGUGUAAUUUCUCCACAUGGGUUAGUAGUGGUGGCGGUAGCUGGCACAGUACAUAGAGGCAACAUUUGCUUGGGCAUCUUUGAACAAAUCUUUGGACUCAUCCGCUGUCCAGUUAGAGAGAAUACCUGGAAAAUAAAAUUAGUGAAUCUUAAAAUAGUUGGAGAAAAUGCUCUGGAGCCUGGGACCCAAGUGCAAAAGCCGUCCAUAAAAUAUGAAUCGAACGAACUGCGAGAGCUAUACGAUGGGAAAGAACUGAGCUUGCUUGAAUCUCAAAUUCUGAGCAAUGUGCGUACAGAAUUGGGGGAAUAACAAUUGUUUGAAAAACAAUACAGCAGUUGUGCAUAUUUGAAUGUUUAAAUGACUUCAGACUUGUGGUGAUGUCUGUUUCUUUAGUCAGGUUUGCUAAGUUGAUGACAUGCCAAAGUACUGAGUGAAAUACACUUGAAGAGCUCCACUGCUUUUGGGUACCCAUCUUCCAUACUAACAUGUAAUUGAGAAAGUUGCUUCAGGACUUAGAACUGCACAACACAUGUUUAGAAGUGAAGUAACUUUAUUUUCCUUUCUAUUUGAUGUGUUCUUCACUUACAAAAAAUGUGGCUGUAUUGGAAUGUGGGUUGUGACAAUUAUGAGGAACUGGAUGCCACAGGGACUUAUUACAGCAUAUGGGGCUUCUCCCGAGGCCACUAGUUAAAGUUGGACCCCAACUGUGUUGGAAAGUCAUUGCCUUCAAGUGGCCGCUUAAAAGUGCAUUAGGAUUCUUGGUCUAAUUUCUUAAUGGGCCAAUAAUCCCCACAAAACUGGCAGCCUUGUUGGCUGUUUCAGGGGAGAAGUCAAGCACUGAAUGCAUGAAGAGAUUUUUUCUCUUUGUCCUAAAGUUGAUUCCUUCACUAAAAAAUAGAGAGAACUUAAUAAGAUGAUGUGGGGAAGCUAGCCCUGCUGCUUGCAAUGUUUUUCCUGUUCUGAAUCAAUAGUUGUCAUUUAUUUUUCAUUUUCCAGUAGCAUUUACCUCACCUCUGCAAUAAAAAAACCCCUGCUCCCAAAAUUAAAUGGUUGCCAUUGCAUCCAUUUCUUGCUCUGACUCUCUGUGGGAUCAAGGAGUUAACAUUGGAAUUUAGUCAAUUUAAGCUUCAUAUAAAGCCAGAUGCUUUGAUUGGGUAUUUGUUUUGUAUACAACUUACAGGAGAGUUUAAUGUAAUAGCUUACAUGUGGUGGUUCCUGUACGUUCUCUCAAAAUCAAGAAUUGUAUCCAAUUACUGCAGACUUAUUAAACUGGAUAUGUCAGUUUUUUUAAAACAAGGAAGCUGGAACAAGAAGUAGAUUUUCCAGAUAAGCUCGCUCUUCCAUUGCCACAAGUAAUAGCAAUUCAGAGGUUAAAGGGAAUUCAGGUAACUUCAAUAACUACGCUUCUCUGUUUUCUUAAUGUGUUUAAAAGUAACACAAAAGAUCAUGUAAAAUCUUUUCUGUUUACUUGCUUCGAGUAUUUGACAGUUGUUUGUCUACUCAAUUUCAUUAUUUCUCCAAUAAUUAUUUCCUAUUUGUGUGGUCUUUCACACAACGUGGGAGAGAAGUAUGCACUUUAAAGAAAUGCUUAAAUGUGGUUAAAACUAGUAAUAAUUAGCAGGGAGACACGAGGCAAGUGUGGCGCCAAAAAAAACAACUCUCGAACUCACUUUUGUGAACCAACUGAUUUCUAGUUGUCCCUUUAACAACAACAACAACAACAUUUGUUUAAAAAGAAUGUGAUUAUAUACUGAAUGAAGGACAAUGUUUGAAACAUUGUUUCCUAGUGAACUGUUGAGAUGAGGGCUUUCUCAGCUCCUAAUUUCUAAUUAAGAAAAAGUAGCUUUCAUUCUGAAAUUCCUGUGAAGCACUUCCCUUUCCUUGCACACGUGUAAUCUACUGGUUUCAAGUUGAUUGGUAGCCAUGCAUACCUAUGAAAGGGGAGGGAGUGGGGGAAGUCUCUACAUGCUCGUAAUUUUGACUUUUGCAGUGCAGAGGAGGAAAUAACUGCAAGCCAAAGACUAAAAACAGUGCCUCUUUUGAUUAUGUAGCGAUACUACCUCGCUGAAUAUUAAUUAAAGCAAAUAUUUUGUCUCCUGUAGAAGUGUACUGUGCUUUCCCUUCUUACUAAAAUUCAUAGUAUUUCUAAACAUGCACUAAUAUGAACAUGACUUUAUGAACAUUACAUUCAAAAUGUAACUAGUUGUCCUUGCUAAAUUAAAAUUAUACCAGUGUUUAUGCUUUAUGAACUCACUUCACUCACAUCAACAGAAAGUGCACAAACAACUUCAGAAGAGAGGAAUACAGCCAAACAGAACUUCUGUAUUAAAUUCAUGUUGUACAAUUAUAUUUGUGUUAACAAGCAUGUAGAAAACUCUCUUCCAUUACAUAACAUUAUAAGCAUUUUAUGCUCCCCUUCUGGUGUUUAAGACUUCUCCCAGGAAGAGGGAAUGGGGAAAGCAGAGAGCAACACUACCAUACAAACUUGAGGGGGGAGUGGUUGCCUUCAGUUCUUUUUGUAUAUGCCUGUCUGCUGUUAGUUUCAGCUUUGCUAACCACCUUUUUGCGGAAGGAAAAGUCAGUGACGGAUUACAUGGGAAAGAGUCAAAGGACACCAUGGGUAAUGAACAAACUAGCCUCAAAUUAAAAUAUCUGAACAGAGGGCAUGGUAUCACAAAGAUACUUGUAAACGCACAGCUGAGAGAGAAAUUUUGGUAUUAAUGUUAAGUUUGGGGAUAAGAAUUUUGUUACUGAUGUUAUACCUUAUGAUGAUGCUACUUUUCAAUUAAUACCUGUAAACAGGUUUAAAGCUUAUCACAGCAGAGAAACUGUAAAA